AUGGAGCAAGUCGACGUCUUGAUUUGUGGCAGCGGAUCAGCUGGUCUAUGUGCAGCUACCUGGCUCGCCAAAUACGGUGUGCGAUGCAAGGUGCUGGAGCGAAGGGAUGGCCCGAUGAAGAUGGGCCAGGCUGACGGUGUGCAAUGUCGCACCGUGGAGAUCUUCGAGAGUUUCGGUGUGGGAGAGGAGCUUCUUCGGGAGGCUUAUCAUGUUCUAGAAGUCAACUUUUGGGCUGAGGACAGCACUGGCAUCAAACGCACUGGGCGAACGGCAGAUACCCAGCCUGGUCUAUCACACCAGCCUCACGUUAUUCUCAACCAAGCUCGCAUCAAUGGACUUUUGCUUGAUUUGAUGAAAAAGAUUAACGAUCAGCAAAUCGACUAUGGAUACAAUGUAACCAACGUCGAGGUUGAUAGCACCUCUGCCAGUGACCCCAACGCAUACCCCGUCAAGGUCACAGCCGAGAAAGAUGGCAAGACCGAAGUUUUUGCGGCCAAGUAUGCUUUGGCUUGUGAUGGUGCGCACAGUAUCGUUCGCAAAGUGCUCGGCUACCGCAUGAUUGGAGACAGCAGUGAUGCAGUUUGGGGUGUCAUGGACAUGGUACCUCGAACUGAUUUCCCGGAUAUUCGCAAGAAGUCCACAAUUCGUUCAAAAGCAGGAAAUAUUCUGAUCAUCCCUCGCGAAGGCGACAGCGACAAUCUCACUCGUUUCUAUAUUGAACUUCCUGCCGGAACCAACCCGAAGGAAGUCACGCUUGAGAAUCUCCAGGCCCAAGCAAAAAGAAUCCUGAGUCCCUACAAGAUCGACUUUGUGGAAACUGUCUGGUGGUCUGCAUACGCAAUCGGCCAGCGCCAUGCCGAUUUCUUCCACAAGGACCACCGUGUAUUCCUCGCUGGUGAUGCUUGCCACACCCACUCCCCUAAAGCUGGUCAGGGUAUGAAUGUCAGCUUGCAAGAUGGAUAUAAUAUCGGAUGGAAGCUUGGCGAGGUAUUGACAGGGUUGGCAACUCCCUCACUUCUUGAGACCUAUGUACUAGAACGCCAGAAGGUUGCCAUUGAUUUGAUCAACUUCGACCGGUACUUCUCGAAGCUAUUCUCAUCCGGAGCCCAGACUUCUCCUGCUGAAUUCCAGCAGGGCUUCAUCCAAGCCGGCAAAUAUACUGCUGGGUUGACAGCGAAGUAUGAUCCAUCAUCUAUCACUUCCGCGCUGGAAUCCACGCAAAUUGCCUCCAAUGUUGAUGUUGGUAUGCGUUUGCCCAGUGCACAGGUUGUGCGAUUCUGCGAUUCGAAACCAGUACAACUUAUGAAAGCCCUCAAAUCCGAUGGCAGAUGGCGGGUUAUGGCAUUUGUCGGUAAUCUUGCCACACCAGAAGCCCAUUCAAAAUUGGUCAAGCUUGGUGAAUAUUUGGACGCCGCCAAUGGCCCUAUCCACAGCUUCACACCUCCCAAUCAAAAUUCUGACAGUCUGAUCGAGACAAUCGUGAUCGGCCACGGAAACCGCCAUGAUGUGGAGUUAGAGGAUAUCCCCAAAUGCUUCUAUCCAAUGUCCGACAAGAAUCAAACCAGAGAUCUCCACAAACUAUACUACGAUGAUGACAGUUAUAACAUGGGCCAUGGCCAUGCCUAUGAGCAUCUGGGAAUCGACCCAGCGCAAGGCGCGAUAGUCAUUGCUCGACCAGAUCAAUGUAAGAGAAUCCCAGGCCUCCAAGAUGUUCUCCACUAA